CCAUUUCGUGUUAGGCGCAGGCUCUGUCUUACUCUCUCUCGGCCUCACAGGGAAGCCAUGGGGAGCCGGCGCGGAGCGGAGCCUAGCCCGCAGGGAUGCCGCCUACUGCGAGGGUGUGUUUUCUGCUCUGCUGAUAUGGAGCUUUUCUGAAAUACAAGCUAGUGACUUUCAAAACUUCAAAGCCUGAUUUUUCUUCUGAUUGGAAGCAAAAUGAAAAUAACCCAGCCCGAACUCCAGUUAAAAAUGAGCUGCCGCUGAAGGUGAUGUGGAAGUGCAAAGCAGAGUUUUGAAAGCCCUGCAGACUUCAGGCAGCUCCUAGCGGAGUUACUGUGAGCCCAGGCUGAGGUACAGAAGCAAAAUGUUUAUUUUACGAUCAGUAGGUUAUAUUUCUUAAUCAUUGUGGAAACACUGAUGGAUGGACCAAUGCAUUUUUAUCAACUUGUGUACAUCAGCAUUCUGUCUACAGCUUCUUGCAGCUUGCCUGAAAGGUUUCUGGGAGGGCCAGCUCACAACCUACAAAUGAAAUCUCACAAUUUUCAGCACAUUUUGUCCUGGCAGGCAAAAAGUGAUCCAACUGGGCCAACAUACUAUCGUGUGCUAUACACUGACCGCAGGAACUGGAAGACUGCUGAACAAUGUUCAGCUAUUACACAACUUUCUUGUAAUCUGACAGAUGAUUUUAAAGAUUUGUCAAUCGAGUAUUCUGUAUUUGUUCAGAGCCUCAUAGGAACCGAAGAAUUCAAUUCUUCUGUACUUCGUUUUCAGCCAUACACUGACACAUCCUUGGGACCACCAGAAGUGAAUGUCAGUUCCUGUGUAAACUGCAUAAAUGUCACCAUAAAGCUGCCAACCUCUCACGUCAGAAACAAUGAAAAGUUACUAUCUUUACUUGAUAUAUAUCAGGAGCUUCAUUAUGGUAUAACACUGAAAACACUUGAUGGAGAGCAUAAGAGGCUAAGUAGAAGAAUCAAAGAAGAAAUUUUUAAUACUGUCAUUGAAGAAUUGUAUCCAAAUAGAAAUUACUGUGUGUCUGUUACGGUCACUGCACGUCAAAGCAGCCAUUCCAUCCCAUCAGCCUGGAAAUGUGUAACUGCAGACUCUGUAGCUCAACAAGAUUAUCAUAUAGUUGCAAUUGCAGGUGCUAUAUGUUUUUCACUGAUAUUAGCUGGUGCUGUGAAGUGUAUGCAUACAGGAGGUUAUAUUCUUCAAAAUAAAUCACUUCCACAUAUGUUGGUAUUUAUCAGGACACUAGCCUAUUCACAAUGGACAUUGGCACCUGAAGAAACAGCCCCUGUAGAGAUCGUUUACAAAGAGGUUAAAAAAAAGGCAAAUGAAUCCAGUGGUGGUGUCAGUGAUGAAGAUGACAGCGAUGACAGUGACAGUGAUGCCAUAGGUAAUCAUGACUAUACAAGGCGUGAUAUGAUAAGUAGAGCACCACAGUCCUCUGGCACUCCAGAUGUAUUUGUCCAGUACUCUACAAAUAGUACAUGUGACGACAGCAGCAGCCAGGCAAGUGAAAAUCCAGACACUGACCCAGAAGGUUUUGAAGAGCAGGAGAUGGUCUUUAAAGAUGACAAAGACGCAAGUAGCGAGUUACUUAAUCCUUUGUCUGAGGUAAAUUGUAGCUAUUCUGCUAGGCAAAGGAACAGUGUUUGCUUUACCAUUAACUUAAAAACUGUGCUGUUGGGAGCCACCGAGGAGAACAUGGAUAGUUCUGCAGCUCUUCUUUCUUCCCAGGAAGAUGCAGUUGAGUGGCAAUGUACCCGUGCUUUUGAAUCAAAACUCCUGGAUGACACAGAAAGUGUGCAGAAGCCACAGUGUCGUAAUGGCUCUCAUGAAUGGGAAAAUUCCUCUCGUUCAUCUGCAGAAAGUGACUCAUCAGAUUCAGAUGUGGACCAAAAAACUGAAUACAUAAGAAGAUGAAUAAAUGAGAACCACUAUUAUUUUGUAACAUAGGAAUUUAUAUUGGCCAACUUUAUUUCUGGACUCAGCAUUACAGAUCUUGUCUUUUUAUUUUUUUAGCAUUCUGUGAGUAUAUGCCUUGGAACACUGAAAACAUGCAACUCUCAUUUUUACAAAUAUUUCUGUCAUCUCUCCAGGUUGCUCCAGGUUGUUCAGGUUGGGUUAUCCACAGAGAAACAAAAAUGACUGUUCAGAUGCAGCAGAAAGAGUAGUUAUUUCAUUUUGCAGUUUGACAGUGAAUUACACCUUUUAGCUGUUUCAGAGUAAAUCUUUUCUAUAACUCAAGUGAGAAGUUAGUUUGUAGUACUGUGAGCUGUGAGUGGCUAGUCUCUCAACCAGACUACUUUUUGAAUUUAAAAGGACUCUGCUAUUAUUCUUUAGCUCUGCUGAUGGAUUACUCUGGAACCCGUUUUGCUGGUUGGAUUGCUGUAUUCAAGUCAGUGAACUAACUUCUACGUUUCUGCAGAGAAAGCUGUUCCAGUAAAGUAAUGGGGGCAGAGAUAAAGAAUGCUCUGCUUACAAAAGAGUUCUCUUUACAGCCAAUCAAGGCAUUAAAUGCACCUUUUUGUAUUUUUAAUACAAUUUUGUGCAAUUAUUGAAUACUACGCUUUUUAAAAAGUCUUUAUGACAUCUAAAAGUUACUGCAGUGUACAAUUUAACGUUCUUCAUAAAAAGGAAAAUUUUUCAUA